AUGAUAAAAUGAGUGAAUUCGUUUGCGUCCAAGUGGGACAAUGUGGAAAUCAGAUAGGAAGUGCAUUCUGGCCUCUGGUCCUCCACGAAUAUGGAGUGGAGACGAACAGUGGUGGGGUAAAUCAAUUAAAAAUUCAUAGGGAUUACAAAAAAAACUGCGACGACCUCUCAGAGGCUUUCAACAGCUUCUUCCAUGUUCCUGAUACCCCAGGAAAAUUUUCCUUCUCCAAAAUAUCCGAUUUGACAGCUGCUGACGUUAAAGCCAGGGCUGUUCUAGUUGAUAUGGAGGACAGUGUUGUCUCCAGGUACAGGGAUGGCCCCCUGAGGAAUUUAUUCGAUCAAACCUGCACAGUGACAAAUUAUCCUGGCUCUGGGAACAAUUGGGCAGAGGGUUUUUACACUCAUGGUCGAGCCUAUCAUGAAAAAAUUAAGGAAACCCUGAGGAGAACAGCUGAACGCUGUGACAGUCUCCAUGGGUUCCUCCUGAUGCACUCCCUGGGUGGAGGAACAGGCUCAGGGUUGGGUACAGCUACUUUGAAACUUCUUGCUGAUGAAUAUCCCCAUGUGGACAGAUUCGUAUCCUGUGUGUACCCUGCAGAGACCCAGGAUGUCGUCACAGCACCCUACAACGUCCUCCUGGCUACCAGGCAACUCCUGGAACACGCCACCUGCGUUUUCCCUGCUGAUAAUGGAGCUCUGAUGGAUAUAUGCAGCUGGCAGGCCCGGGGAAAGGACAACCUGGACCAGGCCAGGUACAAUGCCACUGGUAGUCCCUUCCAAGACAUGAAUAGUGUUGUUGUUAAUAUGUUGCUGCACCUUACGAGUGGAGCUAGGUUUCCUGGGAAUUUAAAUACCGAUAUGAAUGAUUUAGCUACGAAUUUAGUGCCCUAUCCUCGUCUUCAUUAUAUUUUUAGCAGUGUGUCUCCUAUUUCUAUGACUGCUUCAACGGUUUCAUUGGCUAAGAAUAAUAAGUUACAGGACGAGCUCUUCAUUAACGCCUGGUCCAGAUCUCAUCAAUUAAUUAAAGUGGAUCCUCUGCAGCCGAAGGCUGUCAUAAUCGGAGCUGCACAUAUCGCGAGGGGGAGCUGCUCCAUGGACGAUAUGAGGAGAAAUAUAGAAAGAUUCCAGAAUAAAGCGAAAUUCACCCCUUGGAGUAGAGAAACAAUGAAAAUAGGAUUGUGCUCAGUUCCCCCAGCUGGUCACCCAGCCUCUCUCCUGUGUCUCCUCAACUCUUCGGCGAUGCGUUUCAUGUUUAAAAUUCUACUCACUCAAUUCGAUAAACUCUACAAGAAAAGAGCACACGUGCACCACUACCUCCAGGUGGACUCAUUCGAGGAGGAAAAUUUUCUGAGCUCUCGCGAAAUAAUUUCCAACGUCUGCGAUCAAUACAAACAUCUCCAUAAUCCGAAACCCAUCGACACCCCAAGACUUCCAGUGCUGUGACUCCUGUUAGUUAU